UAAAAUGAUAAGGAAGCAAUAUGCAAGGUUCUAAUCUGCACAAUUCUUUUUUCAUUUAUUAAAAAUUUAUUUGUAUCUAUACGAAUAGAAAACAAAAUAUUAAGAAAUAUACUUUAAUUAUUAUCGAUGACGCAGGAAUGUGUGAGGCUUGAAGUCGAUACCGUGAUGCAAGAGAACAGAGGAAAACUUACCAUGAAAUCCUUGCAAAAUUUAUCAUAUUUAGACAGAUGUUUAAAGGAAACGUUACGCUUAUAUACCGUCGCGCCUUUUGUCAUACGAAGACUUGAGGAGGACGUGAAAUUACAUUCAUAUGUUAUACCUGCUGGAACAAACUUACAUGUUAAUAUCUACGGAGUACACAGAGAUCCCAAUUUUUGGCCAAAUCCAGAAGUGUUUGAUCCAGAUAGAUUUUUGCCCGAAAGAAUGCGUAAUUAUCAUCCUUAUUCCUAUGUACCCUUCAGUGCAGGACCGAGAAAUUGCAUAGGUGAAUUGCUCGUGAUUUCUUUUUCUCUACAUUUUGAUAAGACUUUAAAUUGUAGGUCAAAAAUUCGGUCUACUGGAGUUGAAAGCUAUGAUAGCUCCUUUGGUGCACAAUUUUUACUUGGAGCCCAUAGAUCGAUUAAAAGAUAUUCGGUUGAAGGCCAAUAUCAUAGUUCAUCCGGUUCGUAUAAAAUAAUUAAAGUAUAUUUCUUAAUAUUUUGUUUUCUAUUCGUAUAGAUACAAAUAAAUUUUUAAUAAAUGAAAAAAGAAUUGUGCAGAUUAGAACCUUGCAUAU